GAACUUUUUGCAAAGCACAACACUCCAGCCCUUGGACCUGCAUCUGGUUCAGUGUAUUUCUGCUCUGCUUCCCAUUCCUCUUGCCUCCUCAUCUGUAGUGAACUUUCCAGUCACCAGCUUUGCUGGAGAUGCUGAGGGCUGGAUUUUGAGAAAGCAUCUGAAGUCUUUUGUUGCAAAGAGUGGGGAGGUCUGCAGACGACUCAACAGCACCUCCCCUUCACCUCCAGUUGACUAUGGAAGGGGCUGCUAUAAAUGCCUAACCGGCUUUGUCCCUUUCUUUUGGGUUGGAAGAACCUGACAAGAAAAACACCGUGGUUUUCUUUCCUCUCCUUCAUCAUGUCAUGUGACAGGAACUAAGAGGAGUUAAGGAGUCAAGUGCCUAAGCUGCCAAACAGUCCUCCUUCAGGAUGGAGAAUAAAGCCAUGUAUCUGCAUACUUUGGGUGAAAGAGAGAAUGGAUCCAUCCUUGAAGAGCCAUUUGAUGGAAAGAACCUCUCAAAGCUGAACCUCUGUGAUGAUGGCCCAGGUAGCAGGAAGAAAUCUUCAGGACCCUGUGGCCAUCUGGGAUCCUUGGCUGCUCUCAAAUACGCUGUGGUUGGUCUCUACUUGCUUGUGUUCCUGAUCUUUGUGGGACUUUUUAUCCUAGCAGUUUCCAGGCCUCAGAGCUCUCCUGAAGACCUGAAGGUGCUAAUGGGAAACAUGAAUCAGUUAAAUGAAAGUUUUCAGGAUCUUCAGCUGAAAACAGGGAAGCAGUUGCCCUUCAAAGGAGACAUCCUGGACCACAUUUGGAACCUGCAAGACAUGCUUCAGAACCACUCUGACUCUCUGCUAAUGCUGAGCAACUCACUUCAGAAGUUGGAGGGGGCACUCAGGAGCCUGCAGGCCCAGGCAUCUCAGGCAGAUCGAGUCCUUUCUGGCCUACGGGAUAGCCUGAGCCAGCAAAAUGACAUGACACAAAUGGAAAUCUACAAGCUUGCUGUAGAGGGAAACAGUAGCCAUUUGCUUUUGAAGCACCAUGAAGGCUUACUCUCUGAGCUGGCUUCUCAUGUGGAGAUCUUGAAUGACCAAGUGACAGAGGUAGGUGGGCAGGUGGGCAGCAUGAAUCGGACUCUGUCUUAUGAUGUGGGACUCCACCACACCCGCAUCCAGGACCUGCAGGUCCUCAUUAGCAAUGCCUCAGAGGAUGCUCGGCAGAUGCGCCUUGUCCACAUCGCCAUGGAGCAGCAGCUCAAGCAUGAGCUGGCCAUUCUGAACAAUGUGACUGAGGAUCUGAGGCUCAAGGACUGGGAGCACUCCAUUGCCCUGAGGGACAUCUCAGUGAUAAGAGGGCCACCAGGACCAAAAGGGGAUCAAGGCAAUGAAGGGAUGGAAGGCGAACCUGGCCCACCUGGUUUACCUGGACUGCAAGGGUUUCCUGGUGAAAGAGGAAUCAUGGGACAACGAGGGCCAAAGGGGGACCAAGGAGACAUUGGCCAACGUGGGCUACCUGGCCUCCGUGGAAUGACAGGUGAGCAGGGCCCAAAGGGAGAAAAAGGAGAGAAGGGAGACCAAGGUGGAGAAACAGCUCCUACCUUGGAAGAGGGAAUUAUCCGCUUGAUGAAUGGUUCCGGUCCUCAUGAAGGGCGAGUGGAAGUCUUUCAUGAUCGACACUGGGGGACUGUGUGUGACGAUGGAUGGGACAAGAAAGACGGUGAUGUGGUGUGUCGGAUGCUGGGUUUCCAAGGCGCUGAAGAGAUUUACAGAAUGGCUUUAUUUGGACAAGGGAGAGGACGGAUUUGGAUGGAUGAUGUGGCCUGCAAGGGAACAGAAGAUAGUCUGCUCCAAUGUAGCUUUUCCAGCUGGGGAAAAACAAACUGUGGGCAUGCUGAGGAUGCUGGAGUGAAGUGCUUGAGGCAGUGAUAGGACAAAUUUGGCAACCAAAGAGUGAACAGAGGACCUGCUGAAGAAGAAACGAUGAGACGUCAGAGGUUUGCCAGGACUAGCAGAUACUGUGCUUUCUUACUGCCAAUGCUAUCAGAAAGGAGCCACCAUACUUCUGCCUUUAUAUGUCUCAGGAGCUACAGGAGAAAUUACUGUAAUUUUUCCAUCCAGCCUGUAACCAAACCAGGGGGAGGCUCCAUUUCAUCUUUUUCCAACUUACAUCCUCCACCUUUCCUAAUAUAUACAAUGAAGUUAUGGUAAGCCAAGCCAUUUAAGUCUUCCAUUUGCGGUAGAACUGCUAUCAUUACAUAGAUUUUGAAUAUCAAAGGUUGCUGAUAUUAUUAUGGCAAGCUAUGUAUGAUGCAGCCAUCAAACCAGCACGACCGCUCCCCAGCUGAAGAUGUGCUUGGCAGGGAGAAGCUGAGCAGCUACAGAUGUAAUAACCUGUUUGCUUAGCAAGCUGAUGGUGGUUGCUUUCUUAAUAAUAAAGAUAUUUGUGUUGUUCUGUA